UCUGAAUUUCCUCCUUCAAGAUUUGAUGACUCUAUUUAACCCAUCCCUGACCAGUCAAGUACCUUAUCAAAUCAACCCAUAUUCCUCCGACAUCUCACAGCACAGAAGUCUAGUGGAGCAGGCCAAGAAACUUUGUCUCUCCUUUAGCAAUAAUCAGGACGAAGACACAGGCAGAGACUGGAAGCUGGUGCUGCUGUUCAUCCAGGUUGACGAUAUCUGCGCAUGUCAGGACAAGGUAACCUCAGCCGUCGAAGCGACUGUGCAACAACUAGAUCUUACUCUACGAGUGCUUCACUCACAGUUGAAGCGGACCAUUGUGAGCAUCGCUGUAUGGAACGGCGACUAUGACACUGGUCCCGCCCACCAAAACAGGAUGUGCCCAUGUAUGGAGAGAAACAGCGAAGGUGAACAGAGACUACGGAAGACCAUACUUACUCAGGCCAUGCAGGAGUCCCUUGCUCGCCACCUGGUGGAGAAGCAGUGGUACAGCAGCAGGCGUGACUUUGCCGUCCUCCUGCAGGACUCUCCUUUCAUCACAAACAGCGCUUCAGUCGACAGUGGGAGGCCUUCUGCCACACAAGAGUCACGUCACACAGACGAGCUGAUGGUGCAGAUGUGGGCAAACCUGCUGCAGUCUACCAGUGGCCGGCAGAACAUGGGGGACAAUUACAUGAUCUUAUCUGUCCCAUGCCCCACUGAGAACCGGCCCUUCCUAAGGACACAGAGGAACUCUCCAGUAGCCUCCCUCCACAGUGAGCCAAGUCUCUCAAGUCUUGGUUUUGAUCCAAUCAUGGGUACUGAGCUGCCAUGUGAGGAUCUCAGCCCCUCCAGCCACCCUCCACACUCUGUUCACGCUCUCCGGCCAGGUGACAUCAAGGUGGUGGCCGCCGUGGGAGACUCUCUGACAGCAGGCAACGGUAUUGAUUCCAAACCUACCAACGUACUGGAUGUCUUGCGACAGUACAGAGGGCUCUCCUUUAGUAUGGGGGGAGACGAGAACCUUACCACCGUCACAACACUUCCCAAUAUCCUGAAGCACUUUAACCCUCUGGUGACUGGCUACUCUACGGGCAUUGGCAAACAGGACACCCCUCAGGCCUUCCUCAACCAGGCUGUGGCAGGAGGGAAAGCCAAGGAUAUGCCGAAGCAAGUGCGAACCCUUGUAGCCCUGAUGAAGAAUGACUCACGCAUCAAUUUUCAAUCUGACUGGAAGAUAAUCACUGUGUUUAUCGGAGGCAAUGACCUGUGUACUUAUUGCCAGAACUCACUGUUUUACUCUGUGGAGAACUUUUUACGUCACAUUCAAGAAGCACUGGAUUACCUUCACAAAGAGGUGCCCCGGGCCAUCGUGAACCUGGUGGAGCCUAUAGACAUCACCUCCCUGAGGAAGGCCCACCAGGACCCCUCUGUCAAGUGCCCCACCUGGCUGGUCAACAUCCUGUGUCCCUGUGUCAUCCUGCCCAAAGAAGGAUCUCUAGCGUUAAAGCAGAUGGAUGAACUGAUCAGAGAUUAUCAGUGGUCGUUGAACGUGCUGGUGGAGUCGGGCCGGUAUGACACCCACUCAAACUUCACCGUGGUCAUUCAGCCUCUCCUCAGAGACGUGAUCGUGCCUUUGCUGGAGGACGGACGGCCAGACCGUUCGUACUUCAGCGCUGACUGCUUCCAUCUCAGCCAGAAGUCCCAGACUCUGAUGGCUCGCUCUCUCUGGAACAACAUGUUGGAGCCUCUUGGCAACAAGACUGCUGUGCAGGCGUUCUCCAGUGAAAUUCCCCUGAAGUGCCCAUCUAAGGACUCACCGUUUUUGCAGACCUACCAGAACAGCAAUUACACCUAUAAGGGCCCCGCCCCAAAACCUCCACCAAUCACGAACUGGGGAAGCGAUCUCUCCUGUUCAUCCGUGGCUCCAUCCACACCUGUGCCUACCUCAGUUCACAAACUGCGCCCAGCAGACAUCAGGGUGGUGGCAGCACUGGGAGACUCAAUCACUGCUGGGGUUGCAGCCAAGUCGAAGAACAUCCUUGAACUCAACCGAGAGUACAAAGGAGUUUCAUGGAGUAUUGGAGGUGACCAGAGCUUGGAGACUGUCACUACACUGCCAAACAUUCUGAAGAAGUUCAACCCCUCCCUCCAGGGCUUCUCGAAAGGUCAAGGUUCAAGGCAGAAGGGUUUCAACAUGGCCGUGGCUGGGGCCAUGACCCUUGAGAUCCCAGCUCAGAUCCAACAGUUGAUCAAGGCCAUGAAAGAAAACAAGCAAGUGGAUUUUGAAAAUGAUUGGAAGCUACUGACCAUCUUUGUCGGGGGCAGUGAUCUUUGUCAUUACUGCAUAGAUCAGAACAACCUGACUCCAAAGAAUUACAGCCACAACCUGAUGUUGAGCCUGGACUCGCUGUACCAACACGUACCUAGAGUAAUGGUCAGUGUUACUGAGGUACUGCAACUGGAGCCUCUUCGGAGGGUGCAGCAGGAGAACACGUUGUGCUCCCUGUUUCAGAGGAAUAAGUGUCCCUGCCUUAUGAGUCCAGAUGAUAACUCUCCAGAACUGGAAGAGAUCAAACGCAUCAACAAGGAGUACCAGAUUGAGAGCGAGUUUCUGAUCUCUGGAGACCGUUACGAUGGACGGGAGGAUUUCACUGUCGUCCUCCAACCCUACCUCCACAGCUCCUUCGUGCCUUACGUUGGGGUGGGAGUACCUGACAUGAGUUUCUUCUCUGCGGACUGCUUCCACAUCAGCGAACGAGGCCAUGCGGAGAUGGCCAUCGCUCUCUGGAACAACAUGAUGGAGCCAGUAGGCAGGAAACACAUGUACAACAACUUCACACAUGAUCGCUCCAAACUCAAGUGCCCCUCUGAGGAACAUCCGUUCAUUUUUACCAAGCUCAACAGCGUCUCAAGCUCACCUGUACAGCCUAGCACCACUGUCCAACCUCCAGUCGCAACCACCAGCCUGAGUCCAGGCCCCACGGCCCCCAUCAUCCAGUGUGAUUCCUCUGUGCCUGUGUGGGUGACGGCGGUUCUUGCUGUGGUCGGUUUACUUAUUGGUUGGGGGGUCACCUGGCUGCUCAUGUCUUACAGACUGCGUCAGAACCAAAGGAAGAAGGAGGACAAAGUGGUAGAGAUGAAAGGGACUGUUUUCUAAGGCGCUGUGAAAUGAUGAUGUUGAUGAUACUGGUCAACUGUUUUCACUUUGCAGUUUGUCUUUCCUUCUUUCUCUCUCUUUAUUUUUAUCUCUCAUUCAGACACACAAACACAAACAUUCACAUGCACACAUAAUCACACAAUACGGGUUUUGCAUGUUCUACCAAGCAUUCUGUAAAUAUAACUGUAGAUUAUUUAUAUUUCCCCUAUUUUAGGGGAAACAGUACCAACGUUUUAUGUUCCCAAUUACCAUUUAGAAUGUAUGGAAUUAUUAG